GGCUUUCGUAGAAGGAGAUGGUGGCAGCGGCUGCUGCACGAAGAACAACUUAGCACGAGGUGGCAAGGUGGCAGCCACACCGUCGACAGUCCAGGUCCUGCCUCCGUGGGGACGUCACCAUGGCUGCCGCUGAGGUCCCUGCACCUUCUGGGCACUUCACCCAGAUCAAAGAGCAGAAGUUGAAGCCUGGAGACCUAGAGGAGGAAAAAGAGGAGGAUGGGGCACAAAGAGUGGAAACCCCGGAGGGAGCUGCCCAGGAGUCAGAGGCUGACAACAGCUGCCUGCUUCUGGAUGCGAGUCCCCAGGAGCUGCCUUCAAGGACAGAGAGCGAUAGGCGGAUUCUGACCCUGCAAACCGUGCACCUGGCGUCCCAGGAUGUGCACCUACAGGGGUUGGGAUGGCUGAGCCUGCCACACUCCGAGGAACGUCCAGGAACGGUACCACAGACGGAAGGCAUACUGCAGUUGCCAUCCGUGCUGUGGCUUGACCCAGAGCCCGAGCUCAGCCUUCAGCAUUGCGUGACCGUCAGCAUCCCGGAAGAGCUGUACCCACCAGAGGAGCUGGAACUGAUGCAUUUUCACCUGCUGCAGGAGAACGUACUGGUGACCGAGGAGAAUCAAGAGUUACCGCCAAACUUGGACGAAAGCACAGCCCCGAAGAAGCCCAAAGAAGAUGAAAAAGAGGACCAGCUCCUGCCCCAGGGAGGGACAGACAAGAAAGAAGAGAGAUUCCUCUUUGUGGAAAUGGAACCAAAUGAAGGAAAAGACGAAAUCGUUCUGAGCAUUUCCCAUCUAAGCCUAGAAGAGAAGCAAGAUCCACCAGCGCCACCAGUGCCAAAGCAAACGAGUGUGCCGAGAGCCAAAGCCACAAAACCAGAGCCUGGAAGGCUGACCAAGGGAAAACCUCAGACCUUCCAGUGUGAAACCUGCCCGUUCACUUCUUCCAAACUCUCAACUUUCAAUCGUCACAUCAAAAUUCACAGCGACGAGCGGCCACACCUGUGCCACCUGUGUCUGAAGGCCUUCCGGACCGUCACUCUCCUUAGGAACCAUGUCAACACCCACACAGGAACCAGGCCCUACAAGUGUGGGGACUGCGACAUGGCGUUUGUCACCAGCGGAGAACUCGUCCGGCACAGGCGUUACAAACACACUCAUGAGAAGCCCUUCAAGUGCUCCCAGUGCAAGUAUGCCAGCGUCGAGGCAAGCAAGCUGAAGCGCCAUAUGCGCUCACACACGGGGGAACGUCCCUUCCAGUGCUGCCAGUGUGCUUAUGCCAGCAAGGACACCUACAAGCUGAAGCGCCACAUGCGGACACACUCAGGUGAGAAGCCGUACGAAUGCCCCACCUGCCACGUCCGGUUCACCCAGAGUGGGACCAUGAAAAUCCAUAUGGCCCAGAAGCAUGGCGAGAAUGUACCCAAACACAAGUGUCCCCACUGUGCCACCAUCAUUGCGAGGAAGAGCGACCUGCGCGUGCAUCUGCGGAACCUGCACGGCCACAGCUCCGAGGAGAUCAAGUGCCGAUACUGUCCUGCUGGCUUCCAUGAGCGCUAUGCCCUCAUUCAGCACCAGAGGACCCACAAGAAUGAGAAGAAGUUCAAGUGCAAGCAGUGUGAUUACGCGUGCAAGCAGGAACGGUGCUUGACAGCGCACAUGCGCACGCACACGGGAGAGAAGCCCUUCUCCUGCCUGCCCUGCAACAAACACUUCCGGCGGAAGCAGCUACUUACCGAGCACCUGAGGAAGGACCACGACCCCAGCUUCGUCCCCAGUGCGCACCUAUGCCUCAAGUGCGAUAAAAGUUUCUCCCGCUGGAGUAACCUGCAGAGACACAGAAAGAAGUGUGACCCGGAGCACGAGAGGUUAGCUCCCUCCAAGAACGGAAGACCAGUGAUGAGGGCCCAGGCCUCGGAGGGAGGAGCAGGACAUGAGGAAGAUGUUGCCGCCCAGGAGAGUGCCACCUCAGGGGAACUUCAGUGCCCUGAGGAGCAGGCUCUGGACCACCAAGGAGAAAGUGUGGCGGGGAGCCAGAGCCCAGACCAAGGCCUGACCUGUGAGAUGAUCUUUAACAUGAUGGAUAAGUGAGUGGGCGAGCUGCGGCCUCUGUAGGAAGAAACAAGUUAGAAACAAAGUUCUCAGCCACA